CACGUGACUAAACCCCGGAAAUGUUUUUGUGUUUAACGCCGAACGGAUCAGAUAUUAUUCAUUAAACAAUAUAUGUUUUUUAUUGUUGUUUUUAAUUUUGUAAUUUUCCGACACUUGCCAAAUUGUUUUGCAAUAGAAAUGUAGGAAAAGUAUAAAGAAAUGUAGGAUUUGCUACGGAUAUGUUAUUCUAGUUACAUUUAUGCUUUUUUUCUCUCUUGUGAAUAUCUAUCCGUGGACGUUUAUUGCGCUUUAUUCCAUCUUAAGUCAUGGUGGUGUGCUUCCUGAUCCACACCGUGUGUCCGGUGAGCGCGCUCCCUGCUGGUGAGAGCAGGGUACUGUACUCUCGCCUGUUCGGGCCGGAGGAACUCACACUGCUCCACAGAACCGCCGAGCACCAGCGACUGGCUCAAAAAGAGACUGUAGGGCUCGUAGCCAGGCAGGUGCGCAGUGCUGUGUCUGCAAGCCGGGAGGCAUCAGGCAGAGUGUCUGUAGAGGCAGGGCUUGGUGAAGAGGCUACUGCUUUGAGUGAUGCUGAAUAUGGCGUUUUGUCUUUGGCAAACAAGGAGCCGUUUUCAGGGCGCUGUGUUGCUCUGUGGCUUGGGGUUCAGUCUUUGGCCUUCACUCUGGUGUGCCAGCCACAUGAGAACCUGUUUAUUGCUGAAGGAACUCUGCGGAACCUGACACGCCACUGCCUGGAGGAACUGCGCCUGCUUGGUCCUGGAAGUGAGGUGCUGUUAAAAAGUGACCGGGUGGAUGCAAUGCUCCAGAGGUUUCUUCCCCAUGGGCAGCUGCUCUUCCUUAACCAUCGCUUUGUACAUACCCUGGAUAAAGAGCUAUCCAGCUACAUGGGCAAAUAAAAUAUCUGGAUAUGUGCUGUGCAAGCGUAGAGGGAAGCUCUUUAGUUCAGUUUAACGACGGAUAGAAUUUGAUUGAAUUUUGUACAUCUAAUGGAACAUCUCAUGCCUAAAUGGUUGCAUCUAAGGAUUUUUCCUAAGUUCCAUAGGUUUAAGACAGAAAUAUCAGCAGUAUCUUUUAGAGUGUGUUAAUGAAUUUGGCAAAUUCAUAUCUAAGUGUUUAAGUGUGUUUAAGUGUCUGUAUGUGUCUGUGUAUGUUUCUCUCUGUUUCUCUCUGUUUCUCUCUGUUUGUGUGUGUGUGAAAAUUACAUACUUGUUUCAGAAUGCAGUGGGAACUAAUCUUGGAAAAACUUUUUAGUUUUACAUGCUAGAACUGUUCUGAUCCUUUAUAUUCCCAUAAAACAUGCCUGUGGGGUAACACUUCAUACAUAAUUAGAACAUGUUCAAAAUAUAAUAAAUGUGAUAAUAAAUCAGGUUUCUCUGUCUAAAUCUGUCUAAAUCCUUAUACAUCUGAGUCUCGCAUUCCAUUAGGGGGCAGUGUUGGACCUCCAGAAUUAGUGUGAUGUCUGUGAAAUUCUUGACAAUGAUUGACAACCUGACAUUCUUCACUCUCACAUCUGAAAUGCUAAAUCCAAAAACUAUGUACAAAUUGUCAUGAUCUGUUGAAAUGGUGAAGUAUAGGUUUAUUGUCUGGCUCUGUAAAAGGUAUUGCAAAUAUUUAAAUUAUACUCUACUGAUGCAUACUAAUUUUUUAAUGAAAACGAGAACUAUUGGUUGCAAAACCUUGCUUUAAAUAUGUUUGAAACUGGGUAGGGCAGGUCUUUCCAAUGCUUUGGCAAAUAACUAGCCUGAGUUUAUUUGAUUUCUUAUACCUUUGGACAUUUAGUAAAACAUUCAAAAUCUUUACUCAAACCUGGCUACAAAAAUGGCAGCAGAAAUUAGAUGUGGAUUUUGUUUUCUCUUUGUCUUAACCUGCUUUCCCGUGUGCUUAAAUCUACAGUUGUAAAAAACUGUAAAUAAUUAGAUUAUUGUGAUUAGUCUUAAUUUAUAAUCAGCUCUUCUUAAUAAUCCUGUGUCAUGUGGGAGCUGGUGUGAAUCUUUAUUAAUUAUAAUAUAGAAUAUAAUACCACCAUAUAUACAUCUUCCCUACACUGUUGCUACAAAGUUGGGAGCAGACAAUUGUGUACAAUCUCUUUGUAUGCUGUAACAUUACAAUUUCCCUUCACUUCAUUGGAACUAAGGUGCCCAAACCUGAGCACCUUUGGGAUGAACUGGAACGCAGCAUGUGCCCCAGGCCUUCUCGCCCGACAUCACUAAUGCCCUUGUGGUUGAAUGCGUACAAAUCCCCAGAGUCACUCUACAAAAUCUAAUGGAAUGCCUUUGUAGAGCAAGGAGUGUAUUGUAAAAAUAAAUCUGGAAUAGGCUGUUACAAAAUCACAUAUGGGUGUCAUAUAGGCAGGUUGGCAAAAACUUUUGCUCAAGAUUGGAUAUAUCAUAGAUAUGUCAUCAUGCCUCAGCUUUAAGUUUAACUAAAUGGUGACAGGCAUCCAAUUAGAAAGGAAAGUUAGAGUAAGUCAAAUAUUUCACUUUAAUGAAAAAAGCUCCUGUUUAUUUUUUUGGCAAAAUUAAGAGGCUUUUAUUUGUUCUUCAAUUUGGUUUAAAGUUCUAAUAAUAAACUGUCAGUAGGUUUAGGCUUAUUGUGGAGUUUGUACAGUUAUCCAGUUGACAAGUUGUUUCGAGAACUCAUGAUCAUCAGCUACUACCAAAUGUGAGGUGUUUUGAGUUUCUCUGUAUUUUUUAUUUACAUCUUGUUUAAAUCUGUGGUUAGUAAGUGGUUAAUGAGUGUAUUGUGUAUUUUCUAUCUUGUGUAUUAUCACUAUCUGAUUCAUACCAAACUUAUAUUGGUUUUUUUUCUUUGUCUGAUACUCUGUAACUAAGACUGCCACAUUGAUGUGUGCAAUAAAUUAUUUUAUUUUCA